AUAUUCUUUCCUUAGCUUACAAAAAACCAACUCCUCAAUCCAUCCUUUAAUUUUGAUUCUUUCUUAACAUAAUCCCUUCCACUUACUUUGCAUAUAAAAACCCAAACCCAAACCUCUAUUUUCCUCACCAAUCUCCUUUUAGCUUGCCAAACAUCUUCUUCUUCUGAGAUAUAUAUAUAUAUAUAUAUAAGCUUUGCUACAAUGGCUGCCCCAGUAAUGGACCCACAAUACUUGAAAGAGAUCGAAAAGGCUCGUCGAGACCUUCGUGCUCUUAUCUCUAGCAACCAAUGCGCCCCCAUUAUGCUUCGCUUGGCGUGGCACGAUGCUGGAACUUACGAUGCUAAAACCAAGACAGGGGGACCUAAUGGUUCUAUCAGACAUGGUGAUGAGUUACAACAUGCUGCAAACAGUGGUCUCAAAAAAGCUGUUGAUCUUUGUGAACAAGUAAAGGAAAGGCAUCCUCAAAUUACAUACGCAGACCUUUACCAGCUUGCUGGAGUGGUUGCUGUUGAGGUCACCGGAGGUCCUACUAUUGACUUUGUUCCAGGCAGGAAGGAUUCAAUGGCAUCUCCUGAAGAAGGGCGCCUGCCUGAUGCCAAUCAAGGUGCAAAACAUCUAAGGGACAUCUUCUAUAGGAUGGGCCUGUCUGACAAGGACAUUGUGGCACUUUCUGGGGGACAUACAUUGGGAAGAGCACAUCCUGAAAGAUCAGGUUUUAAGGGUGCUUGGACAAAGGAACCUUUGAAGUUUGACAAUUCAUACUACAAGGAACUACUGAACAACGAGUCGGAUCCCGAAUUGUUAAAACUUCGAACAGACAAGGCUCUUGUGGAAGAUCCCAAGUUCAAGCGCUACGUGGAGCUCUACGCGAAGGAUGAGGAUGCUUUUUUUAGAGAUUAUGCAGCCUCGCAUAAGAAAUUAUCUGAAUUAGGGUUCAUUUCACCACCAUCAAAGCUAUCUUUGAAGGUAGCUUUGGUAUUUGUUAUUGCAAUUGUGGCAAUUCUCAGUCACUACGAAGGUCACUUCUCAUGGAAUGAAUUGAGUUCACAGUUCCAAAAGAGGUUCAAUUUGACUGAUUUGGCCUCAAAAUUUCAAAAGAGAAUGUAGAUAAAAUAUCCUUCAAUUAGAUGGAAUAAAAGCACAAAUUUGUUGUGCCUAAAAGAAACAAUUGGUUUUUUCAAUUGUGGAAGAUGCAUAAGAAAUAAAUAAAAUGGGAAUAAAUAUUAUAAUUUGAGUUCAUUUUUAUUUUUAUUUAAGUUAUUCUUCUGUUUUUAUGUUAUUUUUAUUUUAUUCAAUGAUGAUAUAUCAUAUUAUUAUUCAUCAAUGAUGAUGCAUGAAACUUAAAUCAUAAUAAAAGAGGCCAAAUUCCUCUUUUUAACCUUAAAACCUUUUUGCAAGAUUCAUAUUUGCAUAUUAUCUGAAUGUGAUUGAUACCUGCUUAAACUGAAACAACUAAAAAGCAAAUAAAAUGCCAACAAUGGCAAAUGAAACUUCAAUUUCAGAAAUUAAGCAGUCAGACCAGAAAAGAAAAAAGAAAGAAACAAAUGAUAGCUUAAACAGUUGAUGCUUCAUCAUUUUUCCUUUGGAGGGGCCUUCUUUGCAGCCUCAGCUGCUUCCUUCUCUGCCUCGAUCUCGGCUGCAAUGGCAUCGAUUUCAGCUUCUUCAAGCUGCCGAAGACCAUGUUCCUUCGUCAUCACA